AUGCGCCAUUACUCCAGGCAUCACCAUCCUCCUGUAGCCCACAGCAGUUCAACAUAAACAUCGCAAGAUGUCUGGGCUACAGUAUGAUCGGCAGUAAUUUUCUUCUUCCAGAUGAUGAUAUUCAGGAUAAUCCCUGUUUCAAUAACACUUUUUCACCAGAGCAUGGCAUAGCCACUUACGUCUUUACUUUUGGUUCAGCAAAUCCAAAUUGUACCACUGCGGCUACAGUGAAUGGCACUCAUGUUACUUACAGCCUUGAUGUUUUGUUUAAAUAUAACACAACCGGCCUUGACAUCAUCCUUUAUAACAGUAUAAAUGUGAACUUUGUCUGCUCUUACCCAUUGCAGAUGGAUGCAAAUCUUGAUGUAGGUGUGAUUCCAGUAAUAAGUACCAACACCAUAACUGUUGCAGGAUCUGGGACCUACGUUACUACAAUGCAGUUGUACAAAUACUCAAACUAUACAGGGGCCUACACAGUCAAUGACAUGCCAAUCAGCCUUACUGUUGAAUCACCACUGUACAUAGGAGCAAGUGUUCUAGGUGCAGAUCCAUCCAAGUUUGCAUGCAAAGUACAGUCGUGCUAUGCAACACCAACACAAGAUUCAAAUGACCCUGUAAAAUACCUAAUUAUCUCUGAAGGCUGCCCAAUUCCUGGAUCUACUGGUGUUCAUUUUGAUAUAGAUGGAACUGAACUACUGAUUCACUUUUACAUCAAGCUCUUCAAAUUUACCACCUCUGAGAAAGUGUACUUACACUGCACUUUUGACCUCUGCAGUGGUACAUGUGAACCAAGCUGUAACACUAGAACUGCAGAAACUGACAAUACUCUAGGCAGUACUCAGCUUGACAGUGGACCCUUUAAGCUGGUUGGAAGUGGUGUCAUGCAAGGGCAACCCACAUACACUGCUGCAGACAACACGGCUGCAGACACAACAGCCAUCAUGGAAGCUGUAAUAACAUACUAUGCUGUUCUUUUUGGUCGUAGCUGGCAAAAUCUGCAGGAGCAGACUGCCCUGUGGGAUGAUCUUGUCAACAGAGUGAACAUCUUGAGCCACCAUGGACGAACAUAUGAUCAGGGAUGCAACAUGCAAAGUAUGCACAAAGAAUGUGACAGAGUACAGCAAAAUGCCAUGCCAGCAGUUCUGAUACCCAGCAGUAGAAUGCUGUGA